AUGUCUGCCGCUGGCCCAGUCGUGCCCUCGGGCGGCGGCGCGCCGCGCGAGCGCCGCGCCUUCAAGACACAGGACAAGCCCGACGAGGUGCGCCGCUCCAACCUCAGCGCGGCCAAGGCCGUCUCCGACGCGAUCCGCACCAGCCUGGGCCCCAAGGGCAUGGACAAGAUGAUCCAGACGGCCACCGGCGAGGUCGUCAUCACCAACGACGGCGCCACGAUCCUCAAGCACAUGGCCGUCAUGCACCCGGCGGCACGCAUGCUCGUCGAGCUCUCGCAGGCGCAGGACGUCGAGGCCGGCGACGGCACGACCUCCGUCGUCGUCAUUGCCGGCUCGCUGCUCGGCGCGGCGGAGAAGAUGCUCAACAAGGGCAUCCACCCGACGCUCAUCGCCGAGAGCUUCCAGCGCGCGGCGACCAAGGCCGUCGAGUACCUGACGGACAUUGCGACGCCGAUUGAGCUGAAGGACAAGGAGAGCCUGCUGCGUGCGGCCAGCACCAGUCUGAACUCCAAGAUCGUGUCGCAGUACUCGUCCGUGCUGGCGCCCAUCGCCGUGAACGCCGUGACGCGCCUCUUGAACCCUGCUGCGCCGGCCUCGCGGCCCAAGUCGCCCGAGGCCACGUCCGCGGCGCUGCUUUCGGGCGACUCGCCCGCCAGCACGGCCGAGCAGGAGACCGUCGACCUGCGCGACAUCCGCCUCGUCAAGAAGGUCGGCGGCACCAUCGACGACACGGAGCUCAUCGAGGGCCUCGUGCUCGAGCAGAACGUCGUCACGGGCUCCGGCGGCCCGACGCGCAUGGAGAAGGCGCGCAUUGCCGUGUGCCAGUUCCAGCUGAGCAGCCCGAAGCCUGACAUGGACAACCAGAUCGUGGUCAACGACUACCGCCAGAUGGACAAGAUCCUCAAGGAGGAGCGGCAAUACCUGCUGAACAUGUGCAAGAAGAUCAAGAAGACGGGCUGCAACGUGCUGCUGAUCCAGAAGUCGAUCCUGCGCGACGCCGUCAACGAGCUGGCGCUGCACUUCCUCGCCAAGCUCAAGAUCCUCGUCGUCAAGGAUAUUGAGCGCGAGGAGAUGGACUUUGUGUGCAAGACGCUCAACGCCAAGCCCAUUGCCGACAUCGAGGCGUUCAGCGAGGACAAGCUGGCGACGGCCGACCUCGUCGACGAGGUGCAGCAGAGCGGCGCCAAGGUGUGCAAGAUCACCGGCAUCAAGAACAUGGGGCGCACCGUCUCGGUGCUCUGCACGGGCGCAAACGCCCUCGUGCUCGGCGAGAGCGAGCGCAGUCUGCACGACGCGCUGUGUGUAGUGCGCUGCCUCGUCAAGAAGCGCUUCCUCAUCGCUGGUGGCGGCGCGCCCGAGGUGCACGUCGCACGGCUCCUCGCCGAGCACGCGCAGACGCUCACGGGCAUGGAGGCGUACUGCUUCCAGGCCUACGCCGAGGCGCUCGAGGUCAUCCCGACGACACUGGCCGAGAACGCCGGUCUGAACCCAAUCUCCAUCGUCACGGAGCUGCGCAACCGGCAUGCCCUCGGCGAGCGCACCGCCGGCAUCAACGUCCGCAAGGGGCAAAUCACGAACAUCCUCGAGGAGAACGUGCUGCAGCCGCUGCUCGUCAACACGAGCGCAAUCGAGCUCGCCACCGAGACGGUCUCGUUGCUGCUGCGCAUCGACGACUACCACCUCACGCGCUGAGCGUGCUGGGCUGCGGGAGGACGACGAGAGAUGGGUCUUCGGGGCGGGGUCACGCGCGCAGGGGAGCUGGGACGACUGCGGCACAAAAGGCACAUCGCGUGGGCACAGAC